GCCGCAGCCUUGCCCUCCGCCCGCCCGCCCGCGGGCGUCUGCGCGAGCCCGGCCGGCCGGCGGGGGAGAUGUGCUCGGGCUCCGCCGGAUCGGUUUCUCGGGGUUUGACCAGCUGUCCCGGGCUAACCCUGCUCCUCGCUGAAGAUGGAGGAAGUAAAAACAGGAUUACCCUUAGCUACAGAUCCACUGCCUUAGUUUCCACCACCAACUGCAGUGCACAAACACACGUUAGGCACAGGAAGGAAAGAAAGAGAGAGAGGGAGAGGACACACUAACAGUAAACACAAACAAAAGGGUGAUGGGAUUAUUUUACUGCAUGCACUGCUGAGCCCGACAUUGUCACCUCCUCUUUGAGGGGUUAGAAGAAGCUGGGAUCUCCCGACAGAGCUGGAAAUGGUGAUGAAUGUUUUUUAAUCAAAGGACAAUUUCUUUUCACUGCACUUUGACUAUGGAAACAGACGCUAUUGAUGGCUACAUAACAUCAGGUGACAAUGAGCUUUCACCUGAAGGGGAGCAUGCCAAUAUGGCCAUUGACCUCACCUCAAGCACACCCAAUGGACAGCACGCCUCACCAAGUCACAUGACAAGCACAAAUUCCGUAAAACUAGAAAUGCAGAGUGAUGAAGAGUGUGACAGAAAACCCCUGAGCCGUGAAGACGAGAUCAGGGGCCAUGAUGAGGGGAGCAGCCUAGAAGAACCCCUAAUUGAGAGCAGCGAGGUGGCUGACAACAGGAAAGUCCAGGAUCUUCAAGGCGAGGGAGGAAUCCGGCUUCCGAAUGGUAAACUGAAAUGUGACGUCUGUGGCAUGGUUUGCAUUGGGCCCAAUGUGCUUAUGGUACAUAAAAGGAGUCACACUGGUGAGCGCCCCUUCCACUGUAACCAGUGUGGAGCUUCUUUCACCCAGAAGGGCAACCUUCUGAGACACAUAAAGUUACACUCUGGAGAGAAGCCGUUCAAAUGUCCUUUUUGUAGCUAUGCUUGUAGAAGAAGGGACGCUCUCACAGGACACCUCAGGACCCACUCUGUGGGUAAACCUCACAAGUGUAACUACUGUGGACGAAGCUACAAGCAGCGCAGCUCACUGGAGGAGCACAAGGAACGGUGCCACAACUAUCUGCAGAAUGUCAGCAUGGAGGCUGCUGGGCAGGUCAUGAGUCAUCAUGUACCGCCCAUGGAAGACUGUAAGGAACAAGAGCCUAUCAUGGACAACAAUAUUUCUCUGGUGCCUUUUGAGAGACCUGCUGUCAUAGAGAAGCUCACGGCAACUAUGGGAAAGCGCAAAAGCUCCACUCCGCAGAAGUUUGUGGGGGAAAAGCUUAUGCGGUUCAGCUACCCAGAUAUUCAUUUUGAUAUGAACUUAACGUACGAGAAGGAGGCUGAGCUCAUGCAGUCUCACAUGAUGGACCAAGCCAUCAACAAUGCAAUCACCUACCUUGGAGCUGAGGCCCUUCACCCCCUGAUGCAGCAUGCACCAAGCACAAUCGCCGAGGUGGCCCCGGUCAUAAGCUCAGCUUAUUCUCAGGUCUAUCAUCCAAACAGGAUAGAAAGACCCAUUAGCAGGGAAACUUCUGACAGUCAUGAAAACAACAUGGAUGGCCCCAUCUCUCUCAUCAGACCAAAGAGUCGACCCCAGGAAAGAGAGGCCUCUCCCAGCAAUAGCUGCCUCGAUUCUACUGACUCAGAAAGCAGCCAUGAUGACCACCAGUCCUACCAAGGAAACCCUGCCUUAAAUCCCAAGAGGAAACAAAGCCCAGCUUACAUGAAGGAGGAUGUCAAGGCUUUGGAUGCUACCAAGGCUCCCAAGGGCUCGCUGAAGGACAUCUAUAAGGUUUUCAAUGGAGAAGGAGAACAGAUAAGGGCCUUCAAGUGUGAGCACUGCCGAGUCCUUUUCCUAGAUCAUGUCAUGUACACCAUUCACAUGGGUUGCCAUGGCUACCGGGACCCACUGGAAUGCAACAUCUGUGGCUACAGAAGCCAGGACCGUUACGAGUUCUCAUCACACAUUGUUCGAGGGGAGCAUACAUUCCACUAGGCCUUUUCAUUCCAAAGGGGACCCCUAUGAAGAACUGCACAUGAAGAAAUACCGCACUUACAGCCCCACCACCCUCCGGGUGGUGACACGCUUUCUUCUUCUUAAUACUGUCACUGUCUAUAAUUCUUAUUCUGUGGACAAAACGUCAUCUGCUCUGCCUAAUUACAAUAAGGAAGAAACAAGAGAAAAGGGAUGGGAUGUUCACUGAUACCUUGGCUUGUUUAUUUUGGGGGCGUUUAAAGCAGUUUGUUUUGGCCAUGCAUCCAUAUUAAGGCCUAUCAUACUUUAGGAAAUCACCUGGUUCAUAGAGAUUCAUCUAAGGUAUUCUGAUUUCCUGCUGAUGUUCAGAAUCGUGACACAAGGCAGGAAAGCUGAGCGUUUUCUGGGUAGGGCUUUGGUAAUUUAAACCGGUCUAAGUAAUUUUGCUCUCAAAGAAGAUGUUUCAAAAUGUAAACCCAUUUUAUUUUCUGUUCUUAGAGAUCAUGCAACACAAACACAUUGUUAUUUUUAAUAACUCCUGGGAUGAGUUGGAUUGUUGUGGGCUCUAUGUUUACCUCCCCUAUGGAAUUUAUAACUCGGUAUGUUUUACACUGUAACAUAUAGCAAAACUUUUAAACUACAGGUAAUUAAGGGCCACUACAAUACAUCUGAGGGCCUUUGAUCUUAUUUUUCUAAACUUGCGCACUGUUUUUCCAUAGUUUUGAUGACUGGCAUUUUAUAGACACCCUGGCAGCCUUACUUUUAACACCUGUAACAAAUAGUAUUUUUAUGUCGUUUUCAGAAUACCCUGUGGUCUAAGAGUGGGUAAGAGGCGGUCAGUAAUUUCGAGGAAGAAUUCUGCUUUUCACAAUUAGAGUUUUUUUUUUUUUAAUUUUAAUAUGAUGGCAGCCUAGUUUACCUAUUUGUUUCUAAAGCUGUGUUUACGAUCGUCACUUUAUCAGCAUUUAAUCAGUGUUAACCAGUCAGCAGAAAAGUGUAGGCUAACAGUAGGGGGAAAUCCCGCUCUGAGAACCCUUUUCUGGUAUUUCUCUGCAAGCUGUGACCACUCAGUGUUCUGCCCAUAGUCCAUUCCUCUUUGACUCUUAGACUAGAAGGUGUUUUAAAAAAAAUAAAAUAAAAGCCUUGCUCUCGGCUGCUUCUUUUCAAAUCUUGGGGCAAUUGCUAUUCGUACCUGACUGUGGUAACUUGAGCAUUGGAAGGUCUUUCAUUUACUAGGGCUGUUUAUUCCACUGUUUCUUCAGUAAUAAGAUUUACUACUACCUUUCUUGGCUGGAGACAAAGGGAACUUCUUUGUUACCUUAAUAUCACACUGCAGGUCAAACAAAAGAACAACAAAGUUUUCUUUCACCUUUCUUGGAGUUGGGAAUGUGACAGUCUUCAGGUGAAGGUCCUGCACUUUAAAAAAAAAAUUUUUUUUUCAACUCUAGAAGUCAUUGUCAGACAUGAAUCUCAAUCCCUUAGUAGAGAAUUUUCUGUCUUCUUUUAAUUUGCACAAGGCAUAUACUUUCAUAUUUCACGUACUCAGUUGGUCUUUUACUAACCAUUAUCUUAGUAAUUUCUAGAGAAAUGUCCAAAUGCUUCCUUUACAUGUAAGAGGAUUUACCAAAACAGAGCUAUAUCAAAUGCCAACUGUUGGGCCUUUUGUUUUUUUUUUUUGUUUUUUUUUUUUUGUUUCUUUGUUUGUUUUUUCAUCCCUUGGUACUUUGUGAAAACAGUUUACUCAUGGAUAAAAUGUCUUGUGAAAGCCUUCCAUAUUGCCAUUACCCUGCAUACCCUCAAAUCGCAGUGGAAAGGAAGUUUAUUUUAGAAUGAGGUAAAAAAUUUGAAGGCUCAUGAUUUUUUGUUUUUACUGAAGCAUUUGGAUACCUGUCAGUGUGUUUAUUUUGGCCUUUUGUGAAUUUCUGCUGGCAUCCUCUAUCAAUUUUCUUCAUUCUCUCUCCUCUUAUCUAUUGUAUUAACAGUAAUAAAUCUUCUUGCCCUAGAAGGAAACUGAAUUUAGGUGUACCUAAGAUUUGUGUACUUUCCUGACAGAGAUGGUACCAAUAUACUCUACUUUUCUGAUUCCAUCUUAUUAGAAAACCUGAUUUGUUCAAAAGAGGGAGCUACGGUGGUAUAUUGGCUGUACAUAUACACUAGUAUUUUUUUAGCUGCAUGGCCCAAGGUACAGGAAGAAGUAGAUGGCUCAGGAGUGACAGGGACAAAUGAGGACAAGCAGAAUUAAAAAUUUGUGGAUUACAAUGAAUUUUGUGGACAUGGUGCUGUCUGAGGGACCCUCAGUGAUGGUACUUGCUUCUUUUUCGCCAAAGAGAAUAAGCAACACGGUAGUAGCUAAAAGUAAGGGUGAGGGCCUGGAACCGAACAAGCCUAAUUUACAUAACAGUUACAAGCCCAGUUUCUUUAGGUGAGAUUUUACAGUUGAGGGAGUGUUUGAGGAUCAUGAAAAUGGGUUAUCUUCUGUGUUUUCCACUUUGGCAGAAAUUUAUCACCUGACUUUGCCCUAAUUUUGCCCAGAUUUUUUUUUUAUUGCCAGUUCUUUCUGGAGAAACACUCUGCCUUUCUGUACUACUGAUGGAUUGCUGUUAUAUAAAGGGCUUUUUAGAGCAGUGCGAGCAGCCAGCAUGAGGAGUAGCAGAAGGACGCAUGAAACAGCGUCAUUCAAACAUUCCGUUAAGAAUUUUCUGGAUAAAACUGGGGAAAUGAAGGACAACCAUCAGAUUUAGGAAUACGGUACCUGUCCGGCCAGCAUGCAUACAGGUGACUGUUCAAAUGCAUUAUAGUUUGCAUGCACAUGUCUAUUACGCAUUCUUUUCAUGAAAAUUCACAAAAAGAAGCAAUUGGCGUCACCAGAUGUGUUACAAAAGCUUACGGCCAAAGGUACAGUUAAAAAUACAUCAGCAGUUAGGUCCACUUCGGCAGGUUAAAAAAAAUCCCAAAAUUGUCAGGGUCUCUUUAGGGCUAGUGGAUACGUAAAUCGCAAGACUCCAUUAUCUAUAUCCAGAAACAACAACAACAACAAAAAAUGUAUCACUAAAAAGAUGCUAGGUUAACUAGUGAAAAUUUAAAGAAAUAGAAGUUCUUUUUGGCGAGGAAGAAAAUGCAGGAAACGAUUUAGCAACUUUGACCUGUGUUCAUGCAUUGCACAUCACAGUUGCGCACCUCACAAGACCUUGAUGUCUUGUUUGUGUGUCUUAAUUUUGACCCAAGUUUGUAUUUUCCGAGUCUUACUUCAUCUUCUCUCUGAAAGGUAAGUUAGCAUAGAAAGAUGAACGGAAGAGGCUGGAGAGGGCCAGGAAAGCUGUCUGGCCCUCGAUUCAGGACAGCACUUAGACUAUCAGAGUUACCUGACUGCACAUUUUUUAGCCUUGGAUUAUUAUUUUUUUUUUUUACUAUAAAAUUGUAGAGUUGUGGUCAUCGUCAAUUAUACUUCAUAUGUUAUCUUAACAAGUACUGUAUGAAUGAUUAUUCUACAGCAAAAGCUCCCCAGAUCCAAAAGGGAAAAAAAGUGAGGGGUAAAUUUAAUCUUGUAUAUAUGAAAUUUAUUUUAUAAAAUUUUUGUCUUCCAGUUUCUGCAAAAUAAUUAAAAUAUACAGUAACUGGUCUCUUAAAUCCUGAAUUUAAUGUAUUAAAUACUUAUAAAAUUUUAUAUUGGUGCCUUUUAAAAAUGCAUUGAGGGUGUUGGUUAGCUAUUUCAGCUCUACAACACUUCUACUGUGUAUUUUUUUUAAAUCACAUAAAAAUUUAAGUACUCUGUAAUUCACUUUUGUGUUCUUAGCAAAAAAGAAAGAAAGAAAAGAAAAAAACUGUUAAAAGAAUUUCCAAACUUUUAGCUGAGCUGGCAAAAGUGACAGGAAACUUUGAAACCAAAUUUUAAAUUUUUUUUAGCUUGAUAAUAUUUCUAAACACUAUUAUAUGGUGGUGACAAAAUAGAAGGUAGAGUCACAUGUCAGCAGUGAAUUGAAUUAUGCUUUGUGAUUUGAGGAAGAAUUUCUUGUGUCACACAGGAGUCCUUCACAGAAUUUGGGAUCAGUCAGUAAUUACAGUAUUGUUUUGCUCUUUUUUUUUUUAUACCCAACUAAUGUUACUCUAGUCUUGGAUCCUCUUUACUCUAACCUGUGGUGGUUUAUGAAACAAUGUGGAAAUGUAGAUCAUUCUGUGCCCUUGAACAAAACAGAGCUCUGCACUCAUGUCACAUUGCUCAUCUCUAAAAUGUCAUCUCAGAUGUCAGGAGGAGGGUUGCCUGUCACUUGUAAAGGGUGUUUUCUACUGUGACAGCUAUAAAAACGAGCUGCUGGUUGUAUAAAGCAGACAUCAUAUGACCAUGAAGCUGUGAUAUGCUAGUGUUUCCUUCUGUAAUGGUGUACUCUUAGGCCAAAUAAUGACACCUUGAAUAUUUUUACAUUUAUUACAGAGAUGUAAAAUUUUGGAAUUUUCAAAAGGUUUUUAUGUAAUGUUCUAUUUCCAGCAGUUUGGUUUUCUCUUGCUGUACUGUGAGUUUGUGGGUAUUUUUUCAUAUGCACUCUGAGAAAUGAGUUCUUAAUUCUGUUUAUGGUGUUUUUGUCUCAUAAUACUCUGUUUGUAUAUGUUCUGUACAAGUUUGUUAUGAACUCACCUUUACCCUGUAUAGACAGUGGUACCUGAACAACUAGUUUCCUCAGAUGACUUUUAUAUUAUGAAUUAAUAUGAAAUUUAUAGGUCAUGUGCUAAACCUCAUUAACACUUCACAUAGGUAAAAAUAAGCCAGUUUGCAGAGAAUCAGGCCUUCAGUUUACCUCAAGUGACAGAUAGUAAAGGAAACUUGGACAGAGGGAGGUCACGGGGUCCCCUACUGCAGACUUACUAGCAGGUCACUGAGUCUCCUUUAGUAGAAAUGGGUGUUAAAAGGAAUACACUGUAACGAGGGAAGGGAAUCUAGGGGCUGCUGGAGUUGUUGUUAUUGUUGCUUUGCUCUUUUUAAAAAGUUGUUCAAAUUUUGAAACUGUGAUUCGCUUCUGACUGUGUGGCACCUGAGAGUUUGUACGCAAAGCACCUUUCCGUCUGUGUGGCUAAGUUCUGGUGUUACCCAUUUGGUUCUAACUGCCCCUUUCCUGUCAUCUCCACUCUGUUCACGGCCCUUCCUCCAUUGUCUCUGGAUGUCUUCUUUCUUGACCCUCCUACUCAUUAGGAGGUCAAGCCCUGAACUUCUGAUUCAUUAAGUCUUAAUUUUUGUCUCGGUGGUUUUGGUGAGCUGUAUAAUCUGCUGCCGUGUUUCUGUACUCAAGCGUGGUUUUAUAUAUUUUUGAAGCACGGCUGGGCAGCGUAGCCCUCAUUUUGCUUCAUUCUUUAAUAUGAAGCCCCCAACUCGACUCCAGGGAUUCUGCGAUGCGAGGAUAUGUCUGAUUCCUUUUUGCCUGGAUUUGGAUUUGUUUGGCUUCCUUCUAAAACACAAAUCAUGAGAGAAGAGACAUUUUCCCCCAAACAGUUAGUAAGAGGAUAAAAAUGUUAAGUCUUAACUUUCUCCCCACUGUGGGGGGGGACAAGUGCUUUAACACUUCUGCUAUUUUAUUCCAGGCUCGGAAGGGGUCUCCAGGCCCCACGCUUCUUCUGAAUAGUCGGGCCUUCUGGACCAUGUGUUAUUGGCAGUUUCAGAAGGGUGACUUCUGCUAUCGAGCUUAACAUGUGAUCUUUCUUUCCAUAAAAGUGCAAUACCCCUCUUGAAGUCUUAAAAACUAUGGUGAUUUUUUUUCUUUUAUUAACUUUUUUCUUUAGCCAAUGACAAAAAAAAAAAAAAAAAAAAAAAACAACUUAGAAAUUAUACCAUGUCAAAGGACAUAACAAGCAGAAAUGAAAAACCACUCCACUAUGAAAAGAUCAGAAAAUGUAGAAGCAAACAACUUCUCUGACUUUCUGGAAACUUCGUUUAGGCUAAAUUUCCUUUGAAAAUAUGAGAGAAGUUUUUACUGAAGCUGAAAUUAGACUGGAUUUUUUUCCCACUCUUGCCUAAUGCUCUUACAUUAAACUAAUAUUUAAUGUUUUUAUUUUUCUCCUUUUGAAAAUUAAAUAUUAAAGCACUUAGGUCAGGUUUAAAUUGAUAAUACCUGUUGAAGAAAAAAUUUUACAUAUUUGAAGCAGACCUGUUUUCAUGCAGAUAGAGAGGUAUCUUUUGUAUCAUCCAUAUUUAUAUUUAGUGUGCUGUUUUCUUUUUUUUAAUACCUGUGUUCCUGUAGUAAAACUGCUGUAAUGUAAAUAUGUUUUGUUAAAAAAAAGAAAAAGAAAGAAAUUUCUUUGGCUUUUUUUUUUUUUUAAGGCAUAUACUGCAUUUGUACGGUAUGUGUCUUGGCUACUUAACUUUUUUUUCUUUAACAAUACCAAAGGUAAUUAGACUAUUUUAAGGACUAAUUGCUUGACAGUUUCUAGAAUACUUUGAUUUUUUUAGAAGAAAAAAGAAAAAAGAAAAAAAAAAGGUCAAACCAGUAAACCUCAUUUUUUCAAACUAAUAAUUUGGGGAAAUAAAAACUAUUGUUUAAAAAGAAAUAUAUAUAUAUAUAAAUAUCUGUAAAAUUAAAAUUCCAGACCUUGUAUGCCAGGUUUGCUCAGUGUAAUGUAGGUUUGUUUUUUUUUUUUUUUUUUUUAAGGCUCAAAUACCUCAGAAAAUGGGGUUUACUAUAGAAAUACGGCAGCAGCCUCUGCAGCUGUGUGAGCUGUCGCUCUGCUGCGUACUGAUUGGGAGACCUCCACUAAACAGUUUCAUCACUGCAGACUAAAAUGUGGGACUUGUAUUUUCCUUGUUUUUAAUGCACACAUGUACACGCUCUAUGCGUGUCCGUGGCUACUGUGUAUAUGUGUGUGAGUGUUGUAUAUGCAUGUGUGAAUGUGUGUAUGUGUGUACAACUAAAGAAGCUGCAGAAACUUUGUAAUACUUUGUGAAAGGGUUAUAUUAUAAAGGUUUGUACUGUCCGAGUGCACAGCUACUGGAAUAAAUUUAGCCAAUCUCAGGAACAAGCAUAUAAUUUGUCCAAGAUUUAUUUCUUCUCAGAAGUGUAAGUGCAGUUUUUAAUUCUGUAUAUUAUUUAAUAUUUUACCAAUAAAAUAAACUUCUGAUGUA